AUGGUGGACGCCGGCGUCCUCGGCGGCGCAGGCGAGCUCACCGACCGCGCUGGGGGGGUCGGGCUCAAGCAGACCCUCCACGCUCUGCUCGAGCGCAUCACAAAGGGCCAGGCGCCACAAGCCUUCUUCGCAGCGCUUUGCACCGCGGAUAAGCCCUGCCUGAGCGUCUGCAAUCGUUCGUGGCGGCGGGGCAGCAUCGCGUACCGCUGCCUGGUGUGCGAGGUCGAUCCGUCGUGUGCAAUCUGCCCAGACUGCUUCCAGGCGGGAGAGCACGCAGGCCACGACUACCGGAUCGUCCAGGCGGCAGGCAGCUGCGACUGCGGCGACGAGGACGCUCUCUCCCGCACUGGCUUCUGCCCACGACACGGCGCCCCGCUCGGCGACGACGGACGUCCCGUCUACCAGCCACACCUGCCUCCGGACGUCUCAGCGGACCUCAACCGCCUUCUCUCCCUCUGCUGCCGGCGGCUGCUGGCAGACACGGUCACGGCGCUGCACGGCUCCGCGGGCGACGACGAGCCGGAGGAGGCCGCAACUCCCGGGGGAGACGCGCAGGCUGUGCGCCAGCUUCUCCUCGGCGCGCGGCACGGCGAGCUGCGUUUGGUGCGCGAGGCGCUGCGGAAGGGCGCGUCCGCCGAUACGGUCGACGCGCAGCACCACUUGCGCCCCACGGCGCUGCACUGGGCGGCGCAGCACGGCUACGUGAGCGUGGCGAGCGUCCUCCUCGACGCCGGCGCCAGCGUCCGCUCCGAGAACGUCUUCCGCCAGACCGCGUUGCAG